AUGAGUAGAAGAUCACAACCACAACAAAAUUCUCAAUCACAAAGACCACAACCACCUUCACAAUCAAGGAGUAAUAAUAAUAGUAAUAAUAAUUAUAAUAAUAGAUAUGAACCAACAGAUGGUGAUGAUGAUGAAAUUGAAUAUAAUGCACAACAUAGAUUAUUAUUAGAUCAAUUUACAAAACGUAGAAUUAUUAGUACAGAAACAUUAAAGAAACUAGUGAUGACAGUUAAUAGAAUAACACAAGUAAACAUUUCAUUAGAUGAUUAUAUCAAUUCAUUAAAUUCAAAAAUUAUGGAAGUUGGCUUACAAAUUAAAAUUUUAAAUACUGAUGGUAUAAAUGAUUAUAUUUUAACAAAUCUCAAACCAGAUGAAUGUGCAAGAUAUGCUACUCAUUAUUCUGGUGAUGAAUUGAAAUUCUUUAAAUUAAUUUUAAAAAUGUUUAUAGAAUCAAGAGUUGGAUUAAAAAAAAAUGAUAUUUUAACAUUAGGUAGAGAUGAGCUUAAAAUUAAAUUGUCAGAUGCAGAUAAUUUGUUUAGAAAAUUUGCAGAGGAUGGUUGGUUAAGAUUAUCAGCAUCCAAAUCAUUCACAACAUUAACAAAUAGAGCUUUAUCAGAUAUGGCACCAUUACUUGAUGGUAUUCCAAACUGUGCAUUAUGUCAUACAAUUUGUGUUUUAUUAGAAGAUGAAAGUGUUCAAUGUCCAAAUGAAGAUUGUGCUGUAAUGCACUCUCAUUGUGCAGAAGGAUGGUUUAAAGCAAAUAAAAAUAAAUGUCCAUCUUGUUCGACAAGAAUGGAUUUUUAA